GUUGGCGGUCAGGAGCAGCAAGAAGGCGAAGUUUCGCGAAGAGAGGAUGGUGGACCCUGGAGGUGGUGCCCGGCAAAUAAGCAAACAGAAAAAGCCAAAGUUACGAGGCCCUCUCUCUAUUCAUCAUUUUGGAUCUUUGAUGAUUACCCUGCGCUCGUUUUUCCGUGCAGCACCCUCCUGUAUCUCUACUCAGCUUCAAACUCGCAAUGAAUAGAUGAGAAAAAGUCAAAUUGAGGAAAUUCAAUGUUAACACCUGAAAUUACCUGCAACCAAUCAGCAAGUAGUCAAUGAAUUCAAUGUCAACACCUGAAAUAAUUUCCUGCAUCCAAUCACGAUCAGGAAAUCAAUAAAAUUUGAAUCCUUUCUCUCAUCAAGCAAAGAACUCUAAGAGGUGUGGCACUUCCAAUCCUGCUGAGCAAGUGGAUACGAAAAUCAAGACAAGGCACAACAAGAGAGAGC